AUGCAGACAAAGUCCCUGAUUGUGUUUCUAGUAACCCUCGCAUCCGUACUUGCCACAGAUAAAAAAUGUCCACCCGUUAAAAAAGGUGCCUGUUGUACAUCUCCAAUUACGCCAGGAUGCCGUUUACCUCGGCAGUGUUAUAAAUACAUUAUGGCCAAUUGUCCAGAUAGGAAAAUUGCUGUUUUCUCGAGGAAAGUUGGGAAUGAUAGACGAUCGGCCCCAAGAAAACCUUUAGGAAAGUGCGGAACAGCUGAAGUCAACUACCAACCUUGUACGUCAAAAGGAAUAGCCAAUAAACUGUUCCUUGCUUGCUGUCAGCUGUAUGUUCCGGAGGAAUGCCAUCAUAUGUGUGUCUACGAGACUGACCAAUCUGUCACUAGAAAUAUGCUGACUAACAUGCGAAAAGAUAGCCAAUGCCGUAUCAAACACCUGUCGUCAAUUUUGUAUUGCGCCAGUCAAAAUAGAGAUAACAGAAAAUGUUGCUUGGAUUUGGAUCUCAAUGCUCCACAACUUCAGGUGUCUAUUUUUUUUGAUUUGCAAAAAAAAUUAUUUUUUAAGGUCGGAUCUCGUUGCCUUAGAAUGUGCGAUCCAUCGGGAACUUCAAUUGACAGAAUCACCAAAGAUGACGUGACUUGUCUGUACAAUUGGAAUGUCAUCAUGUACUGCCAUCAUGCUGGAAUUCGUGAAAUGUAG